UUAAAAUUUAAUAAUCACCAAACUACACUAAUGGGUCCAUGAAACUGCUUCACUACUGAAAGAAUUAUUAUUUCCAAUUCUCCUUCAGAACCAAUUAUUGAUGAGGAGCAUGAUAAAAAGAAGCCUAAACAACGAAAGCCUACCAAUAAAGGCAUCAGAAGAAUAAACACAUUUCAAAAGCAAAUCAAACGGAGUGGAACAGGUAAAACCGAUGAUCUGAAGGCAACUGAAUUUUCAGAAAGUCUUGUUUGAGAAUUUAAAGAUGCAAAAACUAACGCCAGGAAAACACUUAAUGGAACUUCUGAGGCUCCUAAAUACAAAAGAUCGAAGACCUCUAAAUUUGCUCCUAAAACUCACAAAGACUCACUUCGCUUCAUGCCUCCUCUCAUGCAAGAAUUUGUGGUGCGCACCUAAAUACUGAACACAAUUUUCAC